AGACCAUCGGCUCAUCUUAUCAGUCGGUCGAUUGAAUAAGAAGAAAAAAAUCCAAGGCAAACCCCACAACCCAUGGAAAAAAGGGGCCUUUGACAACGCAAUUUUUUGCUUAGAUGAGCGUAAGAAGACGUAGCUCGGGAAUACUUUGCUUACUGCCGAACCGCGUUUCUCGACUCAGACCCUGCAUUGUCCAAUUGAUGCUAACUCACACACCCCCUUUCAUCACUUAAACCUUCUUUCGUUCUCUACUUUGUCGCGUUGGUGCACUGAUAAGGCGGCUAUUGCAAUCUUUCAGACCAUCUGAAGCUGGGAUAAACUUUGGCAUCCCGCCCUGAGCCGCUCACACAGGACGGGAUUGGAUUCAGAUGAUCUCCUUAGCCGGCAAUGGCUUCAACUUCGAAUGAUGGUCCACGAGACCCGGAAAAGGACAAUAGCACACGCGAGGCCGCGAUAGAUACUUCUGUCAUCGCAACAGACAACACCGGCAGUAGCGACAGCCCACCGACAUCAUCUCAAGCAUCACCUACUGCAGAGAAGUCAACAACAACCCCUGCUGGACCUCCUGACGGUGGUUUGCAGGCAUGGCUCCACAUCCUCGGGUCUUUCUUCAUCUACUUUAACACAUGGGGUCUCAUCUCAAGCUUCGGCGCCUUUCAGGCCUAUUACCAGUCUGAUCUCCUGAGCGAUAACACCGCUUUUGAGAUUUCAACUAUUGGUUCUCUACAGAAUUUCCUUAUGGUCUUCUUGGGUUUCAUUAUUGGUCCAAUUUACGACCUGGGCUACUCACGAUACCUGCUCGUGGUAGGAUCCAUCCUGGUGCUGAUUGGGCUCAUCCUCCAAGCCUUCUGCCAGAACCUAUGGCAGUUCCUCCUCUGCCAGGGUCUCAUAAUCGGCCUUGGAACAGGCUGUUUAUCUACCCUGGGAGUUGCACUCCCAUCACAAUGGUUCUCUACUAGGCUGGCACUUGCCAAUGGCAUCGCGGCAAACGGCAGCGGUGUUGGCGGUCUUGUCCUACCGGCCAUGUUUCGAGCAAUCCAGCCCAAGAUUGGCUUCCGAUGGACGGUCCUCGUCUUCGCGCUCAUUGCGCUCGUGACGCUUGGCGUAGCCAACCUCGUCAUUAAGACAUCGAAGCUCAAGAUUCCUCUCAAGCGGCGACCGCUCGUCGACAAGUCCGUCUUCCACGACCUGCCGUUCCUCCUCUUCCUUGGCGCCUGCUGUCUGCUCUUCCUGGGCAUGUACACGCCGUACGUCUACGUGCAGACCUACGCCCUCGAGAACCAUAUGGCUAGUGAAAACGUGGCGCUCUACCUCCUCUCGAUGCUCAAUGGUGCUUCCAUCGUCGGGCGCAUUAUCCCCAACUUCUUUGCGCCUUACAUUGGCAUCAUGAACAUGAUUGCCAGCGCCGUCUUCAUCAUGUCUAUUGCCGCUUUCUGCUUCGCGGCAACGAACAGCCAGGCUUCGCUUAUUGCCGUUACUGUGGUGUACGGCUUCUUCAGCGGAACGUUCUUCGGCUUGCAGCCGACCACAUUUGUCAAGCUUACGGCUGACAAAAGUUACAUGGGCACCAGGUUCGGUAUGGCUUUUACUGUCAUGUCUGUGGCACUAUUGUUCGGAUCGCCCAUUGCUGGUGCGCUGUCCAGGUCGCAUGGAUACUUGAGCGGUUGGAUCUGGUCGGGAUGUUGUCUUGCGGCUAGUGGUGUGACAAUUUGCAUUGCGCGCGGGUUUGCCGGUGGCUGGAAGCUAAAUAAGGCGGUUUAAGGUGCCUCCUUGGCUAUGUUGUACAUACAUCUUAUCAGUUACAUGCAGAAGCUUGUACAGAAAUAUGAUUGCCCAUUUCAAGUGUUUGAUCUACGAGCAAUGCAAUUUUGUCUAACCUUCGGAAGACAGGCCUAUCACUUGACAUAGGUGGCCCACGCUCGUUCUCGGGGCUGGCGAAAAGACGAAAGAUCUCGUGAGAAAGACUGGCAAUGCGAG